UCUGAGCGCAUCUCUCUCUCUUGUUGACCCCGAAAACUUCUCCCACAGACAGAUCUCAGCUCGAAUCUGUGAGAUCUAUUCAUUUUCGGACAUCAUUCCAACAAAUCCAAAGAUUAGAAGCCAUCGCUUCGGAUCUAGGAGUCUCCGCACAGGUUGCGGUGUCCUGAGUUGACAUAUGCUCUGUCUGCAGAUCUGGGUUUGGUUGCGCUUCUGUCUGAUUUUUGCUGAUUUGAAAUGUCGGUGUUGCUCAAAGACGACUCGAUUCUGAUUCGUGAGGUUUGGAACGACAACCUUGAAGAAGAAUUCACGUUGAUCCGUGAAGUUGUUGAUACCUACAACUAUGUAGCCAUGGAUACCGAGUUUCCGGGUGUGGUUUUGCGUCCUCUCGGGACUUUUAAGAACAUCGCUGACUAUAACUAUCAGACUCUCAAGGACAACGUCGAUAUGCUGAAACUUAUCCAACUUGGGCUAACUUUCUCAGAUGAACAUGGCAAUCUUCCCACUUGUGGGACGGAUAAGUUCUGCAUCUGGCAGUUCAAUUUCCGUGAGUUCAAUCUCAGCCAGGAUGUCUACGCGAGUGAAUCAAUCGAUCUGCUGCAUCAGUGUGGGAUCGAUUUCAAUAAGAAUAACGAAAAGGGUAUCGAUGUGAAACGCUUCGGCGAGCUUCUGAUGUCAUCUGGGAUCGUUUUGAACGACGCUGUGAGUUGGGUUACCUUCCAUAGUGGGUACGAUUUUGGGUAUUUGCUCAAGUUGUUGACCUGCAAGACAUUGCCACAGUUGCAAGCAGAAUUUUUCAAUCAUCUCAACAUUUACUUCCCCGUGAUUUAUGACAUCAAGCAUAUGAUGAAGUUCUGCAACAGCCUCCAUGGUGGAUUGAACAAGCUCGCAGAGCUGUUGGAGGUGGAGAGAGUCGGUGUUUGCCAUCAGGCCGGGUCAGAUAGUUUGCUCACAUCGUGCACAUUUAGGAAGUUGAAGGAUAGCUUCUUCAAUGGCUCGACCGAGAAGUAUGCCGGUGUCUUGUACGGUCUAGGUGUCGAGAAUGGCCAUAAUGUUUCUGCUAACUGAAAUGAAAGGAAACCAAGUCGUGGGAUUGCAUAGAUUUGCUUUAGUCUUUGUGAGUGUGAGGCCAAUAGAUUCUGUUUGUAUACAUUGGCAAGAAGAUUAUUGGUUUAGUUGUCACUCUGUUGUUUCUUGUUGCUUUUGUUUCAGAAAAAAAAAACUCUGCCUAAUGGGGGUGUUGUAGCAUGAGUUUCUGAAUGUAUAUCAAUGCAGCUAGUGUUUUAAUAAGAUUGUCUCUUUCUUUCCC